UCCAUAUGGUCAUAAAUCUUCCCACAAUGACAACAAUACCAGAUCGAAACUCGAUCAUAGGUGGAAAAAUUAUACAUUAAGUACAUCUCUAUUCAUUUCUACUCGCAAAUGCCAGCGUACUACAUUGAAAAUGUUAAAAUUCCACUUACUGUUUGCUUCAGUUUUCGCAAUAAUCUGCAGAUUAGAUGCGGAUUUAAUUUUUACUUCUCCAAUUAGAACAAGGGCUUUGUUAUCUUCUGUCGACCUGGUAAUUGAAACAAUACAAGAAUACAUCAAGACUGAGAAAGAUAGAGUGAAAACAUUAGAAGGAUAUUUGAACGAUUGGGAAAAAGAGCACAAUCUGUACGCAGAAAAUCCAGAAUUACAUUUAGGCAACCACAUCAGCUUAUUCAAUUUCUUAUACAAGCUCAACACAUGGUGGCCUUACUGGCAGGAAGAAACGAAAAAAAAUUCAGCUGAGAGUGCCAUUUACAAAAUGAGGAACAGCAAUACAACAUGGCCAACAAUGGAAGAUAUGAAUGGUGUCAUGGAUUCCAUAAUCAACAUCCAGAUUAUACACGGUCUCGAAGCUAAUUCAUUAGUAAAUGGCAAAUUCCACGAUAAAUUCACCAACACGAAGCUCGACUUCGGCGAAUGCCUGAUGAUGGCUCAAAGGUGUUUCGAAACCAUACAUUAUAAAUUAUGUCUGCAAUGGUCUCUGUCUGCACUACAGAAAUACUUCACCGAACGCGUCAAAGACGAAGAGCAAUUACACAAAGUCUUGUAUUAUAUUUCAUACACUUCUUACAUAUCAGGUGAAUAUGAUCUGGCUGUAGAAUCCAUAGAAGCUUAUGUGAAGAAGAAACCAGAUGAUGAAAGUGCAAAAACGUUGGAGAAUAUAAUUCAUCUCAAUCUGCCACCGGAUCAUAAAAAAAGCAUAUCCAAAAAAGUGAUGGAAAUAUUCCGGAAUAUCAAACAUCUUUGCAAUAAGCAAAGUACAGCAGUUGAACUCUCUCGUGUGUCAUAUCUGAGAUGUCGUUACAAUCAUAAAAACAGUUACUACUUGAAAAUUGCUCCUUUAAAAGAAGAAAUACUUUCAUUGAUUCCUCACAUAAGCUUGUACAGAGAUGUACUUUAUGACUCUGAGAUUAAAUUUUUGAAAGAAAAAUCCAAGAAACGAUUACAGGAGGUAGUUAUGGAUAAAGAUUCAGAUAUCGUCUAUGAUCAAGUUGAACUAGCCACAUUUGAAGAUCACGAUUACGACGAAAUUGCCAGAAUAUCUCACAGAGUCAACGACAUGACUGGAUCUCGAUUAAGCUCGGUAAAUUUGUUUCAAUUGCAUAAAUACAACGUUGGAGCAUCCUUCGCUGAUUACGAGGAAAAAAAGGAACAUCCGGAUAUGGGAAAAUAUAGCACAGUCUUUUUUCACAUGACCGAUGUAAUCAAAGGUGGCUCUACAACGUUUCCCGAAUUAAAUAUCGCAGUUAAAGCUGAAAAAGGAACCGCUUUGGUAUGGUUUGAUGACAUUCUACAACGUACUAACAACGUUAUCAGACACGCAGUCUGUACCGUCGCAGUGGGUCAUAACUGGACACUUACAAAACGUAUUUUCGAAAAAAAUAGAUCAAAACCAGGACGCAGAUGUGGUCAAAAAUAGAUACAUACUUAGGUAAAUUUAAUACGCGGACUUGCAGACGAGAAGAAAAUGGAUAAAAUUCAUAAAAUGAAACCAGUUGUAUAAAACACAUAAAGUACCGACUAGAUAUAAAAUAAUUUACUAAAAUACACGUACCAUAAUAACUACUCUGACUUAAUACUGUAUUAGAAAAAAAAACACCCAACGUAAUCAUACGUUAUUAUGAUUUAAAAAAUUGACAUAUUUUAUAAACGUUUUAGAAAAAACCCUUCCUUCGUCGAUAAUAUAACAGGAACGCUAAACUGGUAACCAUCAUAACCCCCUAAUUUGAGCGCCAUAUUCGGAUCGUAUUCGGUUUUACGAAACGGAUUUACUCCCAUAUCCAUUUUGUUCGUUUGUUUCGGCGGCGUGAAUUGAUCCUGGAUAGGUUCGUUUUUAACCGAAUGAAUCAACAUGUGCUUAGUUAAAUUACCCCUUUGAGUAAACCUCUUAUCGCAAAUAGUACAAGAGUAAGGUUUUUCACCGGUAUGCGUUCGUCGAUGACGUUCUAAGUUCGCCUGUUGUACGAAAGAUUUAUCACAAAACUCACACCGGAAGUGUUUCUCACCGGUAUGCAGUAAAGAAUGUUUAUUUAGGUUG